GCUAUAAAUACGGCGACAAUAGAAGCUGGUCACGGUCACCGAUCAGAGGACUAAAAGCCGGCUGGACCGUAGACUUUACCGUCCGAGCGCAGUUUUCUGUCGCAGUCCUUCACAGCCAGCUAGCUGCGGUUAGCCGCGCAGCUCUGCGGACACAAACCGCCGCAAACACCGAUGAGCUGGAGGUAACGAGCUGCGGCGAUGAAUAAAUCCAAAGUCGCUGUCGGGUUCGUAGCUGCAGGCGUCCUCACGGUGUUCUUCGGGACGGUUCUUGCUUUUGUGGGACCAAUAAUCGUCGACGACCAGGUAGUAAAGAACACAGUGAUCGACCCAAAGAAUGAGAUGUCCUACACCAUGUGGAAGGACGUCCCUGUGCCCUUCUUCAUGUCCGUCUACUUCUUCAACGUCCUCAACCCUCAGGAGAUACUGGCUGGAGAGAAGCCCAUGGUGGAGCAGAGAGGACCUUAUGUGUACAGAAAACGCAUUCAGAAAGACAACAUCACAUUUCAUCCCAACAACACGGUGUCCUACAGGGAGUACAGGCGAUACUACUUUGAGCCUUCCAUGUCUGUAGGGAACGAGUCUGAUGUCGUCACGAUUCCCAACAUGUUGGUGCUGGGUGCAGCAGUCAUGAUGGAGAACCUGCCCUAUGCGGUACGUUUAAUGAUCAGCGCCACCUUCAAGACUUUCGACGAGGGGCCCUUCCUGACCAAGACAGUAGGGGAGCUGAUGUGGGGUUAUGACAGUGUACUGGUUGAGUUCCUCAAUAGAUACCUGCCCGGCAUGCUGCCCUCAACCGGAAAGUUUGGCCUCUUUGCUGACUUCAACAACUCCAACACCGGCCUGUUCACCAUCUUCACUGGACGAGGCGACAUCAGGAACGUCCACAAAGUCGACUCCUGGAACGGCCUGACGGAGCUGAGCAACUGGGGGACUCCUCAGUGUAACAUGAUCAAUGGAACAGCUGGACAGAUGUGGCCCCCCUUCAUGACCAAAGAGAGCACUUUACCUUUCUACAGCCCUGACGCCUGCAGAUCUAUGGAGCUUGUUUACCAGCGUCCUGGCGAGAUGAAGGGCAUCCCUCUGUAUCGAUUUGUUGCACCCAAGACCCUGUUCGCCAAUGGGACAGACUACGCUCCCAAUGAAGGCUUCUGCCCGUGUAGACAGUCCGGGCUGCUGAACGUCAGCAGCUGCCGCCACAACUCUCCAGUCUUCAUCUCUCAUCCUCACUUCUUUAAUGCGGAUCCUGUGCUGCUGGACUAUGUGCAGGGCCUUCAUCCAACUGAGGAAGAGCAUGGCCUCUUCAUAGACAUUCAUCCACUAACAGGCGUCCCACUGAAUGUCUCCAUCCGUCUGCAGCUCAACCUCUACAUGAAGAGAGUGUCAGGAAUUACAGAAACUGGCAAGAUUUCUGAGGUGGUGAUGCCAAUGAUCUGGUUUGAGGAGAGCGGCUAUAUCGACGGCCCCAUCCUCACUACGUUCCACACAAACCUGGUUGUUCUACCUGCUGUAAUGGAGUAUAUGCAGUAUGGCUUCAUUGGCUUCGGCCUGGCAAUGAUAAUAAUUGCCGCCCUGGUGCUUCACAAAGUGAAGAGGUCUCAUUCAAAUGCUACACUAACUUCCACAGUGGUGGAGAACCCUGGGGCCUCCGGUAAAGAGCCGGUAAAAGGCCCACAUGACCAUGAAACAAAGGAGAAAUGUAUCAUGAGUAAUUCAGAGAAGUGAAGGUGAAGGUAGCAAGACCCCAGAUGGAGACACGAGCACUUCAGCUGAAGACAAAGACCCGCUACUACAAGAUGAUCUGGACUGACACACACACACACACACACACACAAACUCACACACAGCUGGUGUUGUGGACUACCUAAUGGCCAACAUCAUUUCAGUAUAUUGAACUGAAACACUGUCACAAGGUGCUCAGUAUGUUUUAAAACUUGCGCACAAGCUUUGCCAUAUUUUACUGUACUGUAAAGUUUAUGAAACUCUCAGCCAGUGUGUUGGUGUUGAGGCUGCUGGGGUUGAGACUGUGUCGUCUCUUCAGGCAGAGCGAGUGAAGAUGCUCUGUCACUUAAAACCACUUUUUGUAUAAUAAAACUACAACACUAUUUCCAGCUUCCAGUUUUGAACAGCUGUUCAUUUUUCUGCUUGGCGUUCGAUGAUCAUCAGCGUUGAUCUGAAACAUUUGAUAGAAAAGCUCUUUCUGUCUAAUGCCAGGUGUACUGUAUUUUACUACCAACGUGCCUUCAUUGGGGGGGGGGGGCAUUUCAUCAAAGAGCUGAAAUUGAAUUUGUUGUUGAGGCUCAAGCUCAGUAUCGAACACUCGCCUGGCAAUCAGUGAGUCGAGAGCGGACGCGCUCGUAUUUGUAUACUGUCCUCUGUAACGAUGUGAAUGGAUUUCUUGAAAUGGAUGUGAAUGAUGCUGUUUGGUGUUCUUGUUAUAAAUAAGUGAAUGAAUGAAGAGAAACUCAGAGGUAAUAAAUAUAUUUGAAAUUCUGUUAA